AUGGAAUAUAACAAGAAAAAAAAUACUUUCGCAGAUAUAGAUUAUGACAAUAUUGUACUUUUCUAUGAGAACGAGAUUCCACCAGGAAUGGAACAAAAUAUACGUAUAAUCAAUUGCAGCAAACAAGAAUUAAGAAACGCAGUGGUAGCACGAUACAACCUUGAAACUCUUCCUGCAUUGUUAUUUUAUAAAAAAGUAAUUUACUUAAAAAAUGACAAUAUAAAAAAUUAUGUUGAAGAUAAACAGCUUUUAUUAGAAAGAGAAGUUAAAAGAAUUAUUAAUAGUUGUAAAAUUGUAUUGUUUAUAAAAGGAGAUUUGUUUGAUCCAUACUGCCACUUUAGUAAAGAGGUUAUACAAAUACUAAAAGACAAUAAUGUUAAUUUGGAUGAAAUAGUUUACUAUAAUGUACUUAAGAAUAAAGAAAUGGCAGAGAAGAUUAAGGAAGUGAAUAAAUGGCCAACUUUUCCUCAGUUAUUUGUUAACGGUAAAUUAAUAGGUGGUUGUGAUAUACUUAAAAAACUUAACGAAACAGAAGAGCUGACAAAGAUUUUAAAUAAACAGUAA